GAAUGUAAUGGUUUCGUCAUAAUUAAACUUAGAAAUAAUCCGUUUCAACAAUGGAUCAAACCACUUCUUCAUCGGUCAUUUCCGAGACAACUCUUGCAUCGCUUCCGCAGACGGCGAAUCUGGAGCCUGGAGAUAUUGCUGUUAUUGUUGUCUACUUCAUUUUUAUUAUUGCCGUUGGAAUAUGGGCAAUGUGCAGGACCAAUCGUGGAAAUGUCAAUGGUUUCUUCCUUGCUGGGAGAAACAUGAAUUGGUUUCCUGUUGGAGCAUCGUUGUUCAGCAGUAACAUCGGUAGUGGUCAUUUUGUCGGACUAGCUGGCACAGGAGCAGCGGCAGGAAUAGCCGUUGGUGCUUUCGAGUGGAACGCGAUGAUCACCUUAACUUUGCUGGGUUGGAUAUUUGCUCCGAUCUAUAUUGCAGCAGGUGUGGUAACAAUGCCGGAAUAUCUGAGAGAGAGGUUCGGGGGACAAAGAAUUCGAAUGUAUCUUUCGGUUCUUUCGCUCUUGUUGUACAUUUUUACUAAAAUAUCGGCUGAUCUUUUUGCCGGAGCAGUCUUUAUUCGAGAAGCUUUGCACUGGAAUCUGUAUUUUGCAAUGGUACUUCUACUUGCAAUAACGGCAUUAUAUACAGUUACUGGUGGUUUGGCAGCUGUUAUAUACACUGAUACAGCACAGACAUUUAUAAUGCUGAUUGGAGCAUUCGUGAUGAUGAUUAUGGCUUUUGCAAGAGUUGAAGGAUAUGAUGCGUUAGUUACAAAAUAUAUGAACGCUACUCCAUCAAUAUUGAUUGCGAACACCACGUGUGGGCACCCGAGAUCUGACUCUUUCAGCGUGUUUCGGGACGCAGCAACUGGUGAUUUACCUUGGCCUGGACUGACGUUUGGUCUCACAAUUCUUGCCACCUGGUACUGGUGCACAGAUCAGGUUAUCGUACAACGAACCCUUGCUGCGAAAAACUUGUCACAUGCAAAAGGAGGUUGUGUAAUGGCCGGAUUGUUGAAAAUAUUACCAAUGUAUAUGAUGGUUAUGGUUGGAAUGAUUAGUCGAGUAGAAUUUAAAGAUGAAGUAGCUUGCGUUGAUCCAGAUGAAUGUAUGAAACAUUGUGGAGCGAAAGUUGGUUGCAGUAAUGUAGCUUAUCCGAAACUUGUCAUCAAAAUACUGCCUGUGGGUCUUCGAGGUCUCAUGCUUGCGGUCAUGAUGGCUGCUCUCAUGUCCUCACUGACGUCCGUCUUCAACAGUGCAUCAACUCUCUUUACAUGCGACAUAUGGACAAAAAUCAGAAAGAAAGCUUCUCAAAGAGAACUAAUGAUUGUUGGAAGGGUAUUCAUAUUGGUCAUGGUUGGAAUCAGCAUAGCUUGGGUACCGAUUGUUCAAGUAGCGGCUGGAGGACAAUUGUUCGAUUACAUCCAAUCUAUAACCAGUUAUUUGGGACCACCGAUUGCUGUCAUUUUUGUCUUGGCAAUAUUUUGGCCACGAUUAAAUGAACCGGGUGCUUUUUGGGCUCUCAUGAUAGGUCUCGUAAUUGGACUCAUCAGAAUGAUUCUCGAUUUUGCCUAUGGAGCGCCAUUGUGCGGAGAAGAAGAAUUCAGGCCAUCAGUGAUAUAUAAAAUUCACUAUUUACAUUUCGCUCUGAUAUUGGCCGGGUGUACUCUCAUUAUAGCAGUUAUUGUGAGUCUUCUCACUCCUCCUAUUCCCAAGGAACAUCUUUACAGACUCACAUGGUACACAAGACACAGUAAAACAAAGAGAAUACCGAUAUAUAAAAGUGAAGGAAAAGCUCUAUCAAAUAUUGAAAUGGGAGUUACAAAUCCUGCUAUGGAAAAUGACGACGGCGAGACUGUUGGCGAACUACCGGGAGUAGGAAAGACAGAAACGUCCAGCAGUCCACCACAAGACGAAGACAAAUCUUGUGUAAGGAAGGGAUUCGAUAUAUUUUGUGGCCUCGACGACACCCAACCUAAAAAUGAAAUUCCAAUCAUGCAGAUUACAGAUAUCACAGAAAAGAAAUGGGCAGCUAUUGCAGUCAAUGUGUCGUGCGUCAUUAUGUUAAUUGUCAUGAUAUUCCUUUUUGUAUGGUAUCGUUAAGAGAUUCGUUAAUUCCAUGUUUAAUUCGGCAAAUGCGCAUCGACUUAUUAAAUAUUCUCUGAAUCAUGACAAUACCGUCAUAUAUAUAUGUUUACCUUAUUUGUUUGCGUGGGUUAAAGUAACAGUGAAUUCAAAAAUUACACCUUCUGCUAUAUAGUGAAAAUAAUAGUGUCUAUAAAUGGACACAAAAAUUACAUUUAUCUGCGUCCGAUUUCUCGCCACCAAUAACUUUUUACUUUUGUAACAACUUACGGUGGCAUUGUGGUGGUGUCUCUUUUAUAUCCUAUAAUGGAAAAUCCCAUUCCAUUUUCAGCUAUACUAUAUCUUACGAUCAAAUAAGUCAUUUGCACAAUAUAUUACAAAAUAUGAGUAAGCUAUCUCUACUCCGUGCGAUGAAUUUAUUUUGAUAAUCGAAUUAGAGAUGCCAACAUUUUCCAGUUAUAUAAUAUGUAACCGAUAACGUUUGGUAAUUUUACUAAACAAUAAACAAAUAUUGCCUUUUUCUAUCAUGAUGUUCUUUGUUUUUAGAACUGAAUAAACCUUCUUUAAAUAUAUGUACACUUAUAAUGGG